AUGAGGUGGUUUCAGUUGCUUCUCCUCGGCUUGGCCCUUCUCCUUGAAAAUGCCACCGCCCUCAAGUACGAGGUAACGGGUACCCGAAAGGGUGUACCCAUCCCCAAGGAGCAGAUCAAGUUCGCACCCUACCAGUUUGGUCGUAGCAAGAACAACGGUCCGGGUGCUGUCCAGCCUGCCCCUACCAAGAUCAAGAAGAAGAGAGCCAACCCCAUCUCGAGCAGCGCCAACUGGUGCGGUGCCGUAAACCACUCGCCGACCACCAACAAGAUCAAGAGCAUCCAUUCCUUCUGGCAGGUUCCGGGCUGUACCAAAAGAACGGGCCAAACCUAUCCCCAAGCCGCUGCUGUCUGGAUCGGCAUUGACGGCAACACAUGGCCCUCGGCCCUGCUGCAGUCGGGCACUGUCUGUAAGAUUGACACUUCCACUUCCGCCACAAGUAUCAGCUUGCUAAUUCACUGUUCCAGACACGAAGCUUGGUGGCAAUGGGUUCCUGACACUGCAUUUACCAUCUCGACCAUGCCCCCCUUUUUCCUUCCUUCAUUCCUUCCACAUGAUCAAAACCAACACCUCUUCCCUAGCAAAUUCGACAACGUCAGCCAGGACGAACAAGUCAUCGUCAACGUGACUUCGGGCCCGACCCUUGCCCGCAAGGACGCAGACUGGGUCGUGGAGAGGCCCUACUAUGGAUCGAGCCUCGCCGGCUUUCCCAGGUUCGACACGACUUGGUUUGAGGACUCAUAUGCCACACGCACGACGGGCGGCAACCUUGGGAUUCUGGGCGCGACGCAGUACCAGAUUCCGAGUUUGUGCAAUUCGACAGAGUAUGACAAUGCCAAUUCGGUUUCUUUCUCGCUUUAA